GGGACUUUGUCAAAAGCCUUACUGAAAUCAAGAUACACUAUGUCCACAACAUUCCCCUGAUCCACCAAGCUUGUAACUCCAUCAAAAUGUAAUGAGAUUCGUCAGAAUGACUUAUUUUUGAGAAACCCACGAUGGGUCUUAGUAAUCAGAGGCUGGCAAAGCAUGAAAGACAGACAUUGCAUGGAGGAUUCCCCAUUGCAGAGAUCAUGAGAGGUGAAACAGUAUUUCUGAAGUUUCGUGGAGGAAUUAUAGAAAAAUUAGCUGAAGGCAGAUGUGCAGAAGAGGGACUGAUUGAGGAAAAGAGAGGGAGGGGCUAAGAAGGGUGGCUGGAAGAAAAAGAACCCAAGAGACCACAAAAACGUCAAUGAGCCGCCUUGUAUCCGUGGCUGCAUCCCUUGGUUCGGAGCUGCCUUCAAAUUUGGGAAAGCUCCUCUGGAAUUCAUCAAACAAGCCAGACUCAAGUAUGGACCAGUAUUCACAGUGUAUAUGCUGGGAAAACGAUACACAUUUGUAACUGAUGAAGAAGGUUUUCAAGCAUUUUGUACAUCUAAAGAUGUGGAUUUUGAGCAGGCAGUGCAACAGUCUGUCCAGCAUACAGCUUCAAUUCCUGAAGAAAUAUUUUACAAGAAUAGGAGCAGGUUAUAUAUCAUGAUGAAGGGAAGACUGAGUACAUCUAAUCUGCAGCAUAUGCCUAGGAGUCUCUGUCAGGAACUUCAGAAACACAUGGAGGACUUGGGUCACGAGGGGACUGAGGAGCUCAGAGAUCUUGUAAGGCACAUCAUGUUCCCAUCAACAGUGAACACCCUGUUUGGAAAAGACAUAUUUUUGACCACCAGGGAUAAUGUCAAGGAGUUUGAGGAGCACUAUCAGAACUUUGAUGAUGAUUUUGAAUAUGCUACCCAACUUCCAAAAUAUUUUUUGAAAAAAUGGUCUAAAUCAAAGAAGUGGCUCCUAAAAAGUUUUGAAAAAGUUGUCUUGCAUGCAGAGGAAACUAAUCCUUCAGAUGACAGUUCUAAGACACUUUGGCAACAUGUCCUAGACACUUUGCAAGGAAAGACCUUCAGUGCUAAUUAUGGCCUCUUACUCCUUUGGGCAUCUCAAGCUAAUGCAAUUCCUGUUUCAUUCUGGACACUAGCAUUUAUUCUAUCUCAACCUUCUGUUUACAAAAAAGUCAUGGAUGAACUAGAACCGGUUUAUAGAAAAUCAGGUAAAGAAAACAUCCAGUUAUCUGAAGAUGACCUAAAAAAGUUCCCAUUUAUCAAGUGGUGUAUUUUGGAAACAAUACGAUUAAGGGCACCAGGUGCCAUCAUCAAGAAAGUGAUCACUCCAAUGACAAUUCAAAAUUUUGUUAUCCCUGCUGGUGACCUGCUGGCCUUGUCUCCAUAUUGGAUUCAUAGAAACCCCAAAUAUUUUCCUGAGCCCAAUACUUUUAAACCAGAUCGUUGGAAAGAAGCAAAUUUAGAGAAAAAUGUUUCCUUAGAAGGUUUUGUGGCAUUUGGAGGAGGAGGACACCAGUGUCCAGGAAGAUGGUUUGCUAUCAUGGAGAUUCAAAUUCUAGUAGCUAUGUUGCUUUGCAAAUAUGAAUGCCAUCUUUUGGAUCCACUACCAAAGGAGAGCCUUCUCCACUUGGUGGGGACACAGCAGCCUGAGGGACCAUGCCGAAUUCAGUAUAAGCUGAGAAUAUGAAGCUGAGCAUUGGUGCCCAUCCCGAUUCCUUAACUGUCAGACUGAGAAUCAGAAUUGGAAGGGACCCCAGGGGCAUCUAGCCCAAACCCCGCAAUGCCGGAUGGAUUGGCUCCAUUCCUUUUUUAUUUUUAUUUUUAAAUAAUUUUUAUUAAGUUUCAUAUUACCAAAUUAAACACAUCAAAUCAAUUAAUCCAAAUUAUAACAAUACAUAUCAUGUAAUCCAAAUGUUUUCCAAAUUAAAUUUUUUUGUGGGGGGUACCCAUGCUUCUCAAUCGGCAAGAGUCCAAUCCUCGAAUAUUUGUGCUGCUUUCAUCUUAAGAAUGAUAUUUCCAGUCCCGUCUUCUCAAUCCUUGUCAUUCCUCAUUUUCCUUUUCAUUCACCUCCGAGUUGCUCCGCAAGUGGGUUGGGAAAAAAACAGUCUUAUUUGUGUUUCUAUGUGGGCUUUGUACUGCUCUCUCGUAAAUCGCUCUCAUCCAAUAAUCCAGGCAUUUCCGCUCAAGCAAGCAAUCACCAUUUUGUUAUUCCGAUGAAAUACAGUCUAAAAGCUCGCUCUUUAACUUUCCCGACCUGUUGCAUCGUAAAUUAGUCUUUUUCCAGGAGGGCUGCCCCUUCCAGAUCACAAUCUCCUUGUAAGUAAUAAAUCUUCGGCUCGCCCUCCCCAAGACCAAACCUCUGCAACACAGGUCUCGUAUCAAAUCUCCAUUCUUACUGCGUCACAAGAGAGCCCUUCUUCUUUCCAAAUUCUUCACAGAGUAAAACCUUUAAGUUCAAAUUAUUCCCCCACAAUUCAUAUUUAGUCCCAUUUGCAAUUAGUUGCUGUGACGGAUCUUCUAAGAGGGAGGGUUAUUAGUUAAUCACAUAGAGCAAAAAAAAAAAAAAGUCAUUUCCCCCCCUUUCAGUUCCGUCGCAUUCCAUUCCAUAUACCAUGUCUGUAGUACUUUGAUGUAAUCUUCCGUCUCAGUCUUCUUCAUUUCAGUGGUAAAAUUGUUAGCAGAUAAGAACCUCCUGCCUCUCUUGAAGCAUGUGCGUUAUCUUUCACCAAUUUUUUUCCUUUUAAGUAACGCAACUAGUUUCGCACCUGGAAGCAGCUUCGGAGGAGUUCUGAGGCCCGCCGAGGGUUGUGCACCCAGUGCCUCACCCCUUCCUUCUUCCGAACUCGGGGGUGAUUUAUGGCAACAGCGGAUGAAAACUGCAUCUCUCCCCCCUGGAGAGAUGAAGGGAGACUGAUUUAUUCCCCAUAAUCAGCCUCUAAUUACCUCGUGUGGGCUGGAUAGAUGUUAAUAUCCGCCAUCUUCCAAGGCGCCCCUAGCGGCCCCCCCUGGAUCGGCUCCAUUCCAAUGUGUCCUGCAUUCUCUGUUACCACCUUUGAUCAUCAGAGGUUUAAAUAUACCACACAAUCCACUUCAAUCCACUUCAAUUGUUUUUAUAGGAUGCCAAUUAUACUUCCAGUUUUGGGCUUGGCUAUCCAGAGAACUGCCAACUUUUAAGUAGACACAUUUUAUCGUCAUUGAAAUACCCAGUUAAUUAGAAACCCCCACAACCAAGCGAGUUAACUGAGGGCAAAUGAUUUCUCUCAGCCAAACAGAGUUCCUUUUAAAUAUACUGUAGGUUGAUUAGUUCUUGUUCUGUAGCUGCAUGAGCGCUGAUAAAAUUAAGAGGGUGUCAAAUACUACCAAAAUUUGAAGGGAAAUAUUUGCUUUGUUAGGUGCAGGGCAUUGGUAAAUUAGACUACUCCUUCUGUGAGCUGACUGAGUAUGAUAAUUUAGCACAACUAAAUGAAAACAUAUAGUGAACUGUCCCGUGUUUUCUCCUGAACACUGUGUCUUGUAGCGGCAUCACUCACCCAAAUUCUGGAUUGCGUCCAUCUUGGUGAGUGGGUAUUCUUGUAAUGCAGCUUCAUCUUUCCACAUUGUACAGUCGUACCUUGGAAGUCGAAUGGAAUCCAUUCCGGAAGUCCGUUCAACUUUCAAAACAUUUGAAAACCAAAUCACAGCU